CCACCGUUCACAUCGAAUGUAGCAGUAGGCCCCAAACGGUCCUCCGUUGUAUUUUCGCUUCAACUGUGCCAAUCAGAUCAGAAAUAGAAAGAAAAUGAACACUGUUGCGUUGUUAUUCUUUUUAACGGUUGUGACUGUAGGAGCUUUUACCAUACAGUCAGCGGAUGAUGAUCUUGACGACAUGGAUUACGACGAGGACAACCAAGGUGACUCGUUAAUUCCUCCACCGAUUGUGCUGCGAUCGGAGCAUGGCGAGCCACAGCCGACUGUGCAGAUCCCGGACCAGGAGGGUAAUUUUCAGCCUAUGACCCGAAUAGGUGUGCAAGAGUGUAGGAACAAUGCCACCCACUACGAUGCAGCCAAAUACGUGAAGUGUUAUCUGUACAGUAAAAAUGGUACACGCACUCAGUUCCACUUCGACCAGCUCGGCUCUAUAGAGCUGGCCGGAUUCAUGAAGCACCUACCAACAACCAUUCUCGUGCACGGCUGGCUGGGAAGCUCGGAGUCGGUGGUGAUUGAUCCACUGGCCAAGGCACUGUUGGAGCAGGAGCACAACAACGUAAUAGCGGUGGAUUGGGAGGAGGGUGCCAGCACGUUAAUCUACCCGAUCGCUCGCUAUCGGGUGCCGAAGGUGGCCGCGGUGGUAGCCAAGCUGAUCGACAACCUGGUGUUGGGACUGGAUGCGGAUGUUGAUUGGAUCGGCAUCAUAGGCCACAGCCUUGGGGCACACAUUGCCGGUAUAGCAGGAAAGAAGGUUACGGCCGGAAAGAUCGGCUACAUCGUUGGUCUUGAUCCAGCCUCACCGCUGUUUCGCUUGAAGAAGCCAAACCAUAGACUGUCUGCGGAAGACGCACAGUACGUCGAGAUUAUCCACACAAAUGGAAAGGCAUUGGGGUUCUUCCGCAACAUUGGUCAAGCCGACUACUAUCCCAACGGAGGAGUCGCACAACCCGGCUGUGGUAUCAGUUUUACUUGCAGCCACCAGCGAGCGGUGGAUUUUUUCAAAGAGUCGCUCAGCACGCGCAACAACUACGCCAACCGCUGCAACGAUCUGGACAAUCUUGGUCCAUCUUGCACCAGGGCUAGUAGUGCCUCCUUCGGAGGCUUGGUCUGGAGAGCUUCAAAACCGGCCGGUGUCUACUACAUAACGACUUCCGCCAAAGAACCAUUUCUCCGUGAUAACUCAGCGGGGUCUACACCUUAAAUAUGAUCUUGACAUCGUUGGACAGUAGGUAAUUGUACAGAGUUCUUCUAAAUGGGGUAGUUAAUAGUUAAAAAUAAUUUAAAAAAUUCCAACUUUGGGAAUUAAUUAAUUUUCAAUUAGCAACUUCAGCGCUUUUCAACGUAUAGCUACUGUACUGAACUUGAGGUGUAGUGUCCAUUGGUGGGCACGUUGUAGCGUAACGUAACACAAAAACCACAAAGAUUGGUUUCUCAGGUACUCGCCCACAACUCGGGGAUGAUAUUGAUCGUUCGGCUUAGUUAAGUGGUGUACUGUAGUGUUCCUCUCGCGGAAUUGCGGUUCUGCGUAAUCCGAGCCACAUGAUUCAAUUGCAUAGGAAAAGGCCAUAGAAAUACCCACCCUCGUGAGGUAAUAUAUUUCGUUCGUUUCUGGCUGACGCAAGACGUAGCUUGGUGUUGUUGAGGACCGUCACAUAAAGAAUGAUUGACUUUUUCAAUAAACAAAUUAUGCAUCUGUAUUUAAUUGAUAGAAAUAGAAAUAAUAAUAAUAAUAAUAGCGCGCUCUUAAUCUGGAUGGAGAUUCCCGUGGGAUUCUCCCGGAGUAAAUAAAGCAAAAGACCGUUGGAUGUUACAAUCUUUCCGCGUAAGCAAGAGUCCAGGCAGUAUAAGCAAAUAAAAAUCAGUCAUCGUUGACUACGAAAAUACAUUGCUAAUUAGCAUUACAUACUUUUUGUUAACUGUCUGCGAUCACUGUGAUCGAAAUGUAUGGCCAACUGCGGUACAACGACGAGCGUUGCCGACUGCUCUAUCCAUGGGGGGCCAAAAAGGUCUCAUUUGUAAAGUUCUCAAAGGGUAAAUUUGUCAUCAAUACACACCGCAUAAUGAACAAACACUGGACACAACCGUCGAAUACUUCAUUCUUUUUUUGUAUUUUUGUAUGCUGCAUGAUAU